GCCGAACAUCAUCUACGCUUCUUUUCGUCAGAUUUGCCCUUACAAAAUCAUCGUAGCGAUUAACCUUAGUUGGUUCUUGCUUGUUCAACUUAUCCUCGUUAUGCACAUGCAUCAUAGAGCCGCCUAACAGUACAUCUCCACCAACCCCCGCUCCAAGAUGGCGUCUCAUUUCUACGAAUCAGACCCGAUAGUCGAGGCUCUGAAAGAGUACACCACAUGCGACGUAUCAGAUGCCUUGAUCAAACUCAGCUACCGCAAUGGCGGUUUCCUCUCCGGCCUGACUAUGUGGUCGCCGCAGCGGCAAGACACAGACACCAAGAUCGUCGGCCCGGCCUACACGGUCAAAUAUGAUCUGCUGUCCAGCUCCAUGGCCAAGAGGCCCGGCCAUUACAUCGACACCGUGCCCCCGAACUCCGUUCUCUUCAUCUCCACGCCACCGAUCCCAAACGCCGUCUACGGCGGCCUGAUGUCGACGCGCGCCUCCCAUCUCGGGGUGGCAGGGUCGAUCAUCGACGGGCGGUUCCGGGACGUCGCUGAGCACCGGGCUCUGAACUAUCCCGUCUUUGCGCGGGACACGGGGACCGCGCCGCCGGCGGAGCUGGUCAAGGUCGUUGCCGUGAACGACAACGUGGAGCUGCAGAGCGGGGAUGUGCAGGAGCGGAUGGAGGUGCGGCCGGGUGAUUACCUAAUGGGCGACGUGAAUGGGGUCGUCGUGCUGCCGAGGCAGCUGGCGGGGCAGGCUCUGGAGCUGAUGAGGAAAGGGGUAAAGGCGGAUGAAAAGAUGGCGGAGGAGAUCAAGAAGGGGAUGAGUUUUGUGGAGGCCAGCAAGAAAUAUAGGGGCUAGACAGGAUGAUGACUCUGAGUUCAUGGUGCAAGAGAGCAUGUGUUUAUCUAUUAGGAUGAAGUGACAUUCAUGUCUGAUUCACAGGGAUGGCAUAAUAUGCCGGCAAGUUUAUAAA